AUGUAUUCUGACCAACGCGGAGGACAGAAUAGAAACAUAAAGUUAUCAUUGUUCUGUCAGGAUGUGGUAUCUCAUCCGGACUUUACUAUUGAAGAAAUAGAUUAUAAAUUUUUGAAAGAUCUUCUUGAAUUGUUGCAGUUCAUACCGCCAGUUCAUCACACUUUUUAUAACAAUCUAGAUAGUUCAAACAGUGUCAGGGAUGUAGCGUAUUAUGAUGAGACAGAUGAAGAAUAA